AUGUUUGCUGCAUCUUCCAGGUUACUACGUGCCAGGGCCAUGCUCGGCGCCAAGAGGUUCGCCAGCACCGACGUCCUGCAGGACGUCUACCUCAAAGAGUUGAAGAGCGUCAAGAGCGUCAGCUUCGCUGACGCUGUCGCCAAUGCCAAGGGCAACGUCAAGCAGUGGGUCGAGCCGGCCAGGCCGGCCGCCCCUGCGUUCGACCUGAGCGCAUCGGACGUCAAGAAAUACAUCGACGAGCCCGUAGAGACGGCUGCUGCCCCAGCGUCCGCGACAGCGGACGCUGUCGAGGAGGACUGGCUUGUUCUGGACGAGCCAGCCGAGGACGAGCACGCCCAUUAG